AUGACAUUCACCAACACCUCCGUGGAUUUAUUUUUGCAGUUCUUUAUCUUGCAGAAUUUCUCCAUGUAUUUUAAUUUCUCUUUGGACGCGAUGUACGACAGAGGAGCGAAUUACGAGUCUGAAUCCCACAGACCGACCAUCAGAGCGCUGCUCGUCGUCGCAUAUUCCGUUAUUAUCAUCAUCUCGCUGUUCGGAAACGUGGUGGUUUGUCACGUUGUUAUUAAGAAUAAACGGAUGCACUCAGUGACAAGUUUGUUCAUCAUGAAUUUAGCCAUUGCUGACAUUCUUAUAACUCUCCUCAACACGCCUUUUACUCUGGUUCGGUUUGUUUACAGUACAUGGGUGUUUGGGAAGGCGAUGUGCCAUGUGAGCCGCUUUGCACAGUAUUGUUCUGUUCAUGUCUCUGUUCUUACACUGGUUGCUAUUGCUGUUGAUAGACACCAGGUGGUGAUGCAUCCAUUGAAACAGAGGAUGUCUCGGCUUCAGGGCAUAGCCUGGAUUGGUGUAAUCUGGGUCAUGGGGUCCUGCUUCUCUCUACCUCAUGCCAUCUACCAGAAACUGCUGCACUUUCAAUUUAUCAAUAACAGAGUACGGAUGGUAUGUCUACCCAGCUUUCCUCAUCCCUCCGAUCUCUUUUGGAAGUAUCUGGAUCUUGCCACGUUCGUCCUGCUCUAUGUAUUACCUUUAGCCAUUAUCUCCUUAUCGUACCUUGUGGUGGCCAAGAAGGUUUGGUUCCGGAACGCUGUUGGUGAUGUCACGCUGGCUCAGUCGGCCGCUCAUCGCAGAAGGAAGAAGACGACUUUGAAAAUGUUAAUCGCAGUGGUGGCCGUGUUUGCAGUCUGCUGGUUUCCUCUAAACUGUUACGUUGUGCUGCUGUCAAGUAAAGUGAUCCAGGCUAACAAUGCCCUGUACUUCACCUUUCACUGGCUGGCCAUGAGCUCUACCUGCUACAACCCCUUUAUAUACUGCUGGCUCAAUCACAGCUUCCGUGCGGAACUCAGAGCCCUGCCUCUAAUUGGCCGUAUAGCCAAGGGCAAUGCCAUCCAGCAAUCCUAAGGAAGCACCCAAGAUUUUGCCAUUCUGAUUUUAUUUGAAUAUUCCAUUGUUUUUAUAAACGCAUAUUCGCAUAUGAAAGCACUGUAGCGGAUCAUCCCUCUAAUCCUAGAUAUUUCUAAUUUUUAUCCCACCCACAGCUCACAUUUAGU